GUCGUCACGGAUGCGAGUCAACUGUAGUUGUCGGUCAUGACGUGGACCGUCUGCCGCCUUCCAGGACCCGGAGACGCCGCCGAGUAGCACCGAGCCGAACGCGACUUAUUCAGCCGACUGAGCGGCUCCUUCCGCCGCUGGUGUGCUCAAAGACGGUGAUUCCCGGGGUAAUUCCUGAGAUAACGUUGUUGUCUUACCAGGGCUUCCAAAACAAAAUCUGUGAAAACUAGAGCCCGCCUGACAUAUAGAGGCUACGAUGACGUGGUGACCCGGGGGUCGGCCAGGCCGUGAGAUGACUGCAGCUCGGCACAGGGAAAGGACGGAGCAGAGCGAUUGAGAGAGAAGAAUGGGCAGGAGCGUCUGGGGCUGCCGGCAACAAGACGUCGUCUCCACCGCAGUGCUCUACGGCUCGUUGGCCCUGUUCAUCUCCGUCCUCCACAAUGUGUUCCUGCUGUACUACGUGGAGACGUUCGUGUCCGUCUACAAGAUCGACAAGGUCUCCUUCUGGGUUGGGGAGUCAGUGUUCCUCAUAUGGAACAGUCUGAACGACCCUCUGUUCGGCUGGCUGAGUGAUCGCUCCUUCCUCAGCUCUCCUCAGACGGGCUCACAGAUCACUUCUCCAGAGGUGGUGCUAAAGCGCCUGAAGGCCCUCUCCACAAAUGGCCCCCUCUUCGCCCUGUCGUUCCUGGCCUUCUGGGUGGCGUGGGCCCGGCCCGGCCUGCAGUUCCUGCUCUGCCUGUGCCUGUACGACGGCUUCCUCACCAUGGUGGACCUCCACCACAGCGCCCUGCUGGCGGACCUCGCCGUGUCCGCCGCGGACCGCACGCGCCUCAACUUCCACUGCUCGGUGUUCAGCGCUUUGGGCUCGUUCUCCGUCUUUCUGUCCUAUUCUUUCUGGGAUAAAGAGGAUUUCUACUCCUUCCGUAUCUUCUGCGUGACGCUGGCUGCUUUUUCCAUCCUGGGCUUUUUCUCGGUGUCCAGGUUGCUGCAGCGUCGCUUCCAGAAGGAAGUGCAUCAAAGACAGGACGAGGCGCAGACUCUCAAAGAACUGAGUGUUGGCCAAGCUCCACUUACCCAACCAGAAAAACCCGUCACAAUCGGACAGUACCUCAAGCAGCUCUCCAGACACCGAAAUUUCAUGUGGUUUGUGACGAUGAAUCUUGUUCAGGUGUUUCACUGCCACUUCAACAACAACUUCUUCCCUCUUUUCCUCGAACAUCUCCUCUCUGACAACAUUUCCGCCUCCACAGGUUCUCUCUUACUCGGCAUCUCUUACAUUGCCCCCCACCUCAACAACUUGUAUUUCCUGACACUGUGCCAGCGUUACGGCGUUUACCAGAUCAUCCGCUGGCUAUUUAUGCUCAAGCUGGGACUGGGUGUGUUUAUGGUGCUGGCCGGGGCUGACCACAUUUAUCUGCUGUGCAUCUUCAUUGCCAGUAAUCGGGUGUUUACAGAGGGCACGUGCAGGCUACUCAAACUGGUCAUUUCCGACCUGGUGGAUGAAGACUUUGUGGUCAACCGACGGCAGCAGGCCGCCUCGGCUCUCGUCUUCGGGAUGGUCGCCCUCCUCACCAAACCUGGCCAGACGUUCGCCCCGCUCAUCGGCACCUGGCUGCUGUGUGUCUACACAGGUUAUGAUAUUUUCGAGAGGGAACCCGCGAAGGACUCUGUGGUGUCUUUGCCCGACGUUGCCUCCGGCUCAGGGACUCCGCCACUACGCCUGGGCUGCUUCCACAUGCUGGUGUUUGUGCCUAUCACGUGCGCCCUGCUCCAGCUGGCCGCCUGGUCACGCUUCACGCUUCACGGCCGCAAGCUGCAGGGGAUCAAGACCCUGAGGCAGGCGGCCCAGCACGGCCACCUCAUUGAUGUCAAGGCCAUAUGAAGCCGGUUGAAAGCUGCACACAGACACUUUUAAAUAAUCCGUUUUUUUAACAGUCUUUUUGGUUACAACUAGGAAGAUGAUGAGGCGGGGAAAGCUGCUCUGAUUCAUCCUGCAGCUCAGCCCUUGUGUUUGAGGAUAUGAAUCAUUACAAAAUUGUGGCUAUGUGGACUGUGGACUGACGAAUCCCACUGGAAGGAGCACAUAACUUUUUAAUAAAUGAAACCUGCCUUAUUUUUUUAUAUUUAAAUAUGAACCUAUAUUUAUAUUUGAAAAGAUGACCAAAAGAUAAAGUAGAACCAAUUAAAUGUAGAAGGACCAAGGUGACAACUUUUCAUGGUGCAGGCAAAAGAUGGGAGGGAUGGAGGGGUUGUCUUUAAAACGGUUUUAAAAAGCAUAAUUAUGCCUGCUCAGUUAUCGCCAGAUGGUUUGAUCAACAGACCUACUGUUCUUCUUUACAGGAUAAAGAGAACGAAAUAAAAUCGUAAACUAAUCAGAGUGCUUUUGUUGAUACUGCAUGGCUCUUCAGGGCCCCUUUCUUCACAUUUACCCAGAAUGCCCUGCCUGUUUUGAUGUUCAAGAGAAACUGUAUUUUCUGAUACGUGGUGAUGACCUUUUCUUUUGCACAAACUACUGCCAUUUGUCUGUUGUACUUCUAACAUUCGGAUCGUGACAUACUUUCGUGGACGGUUGUAAUAAAAAAAACUGGAUCAAG